UUACAUUCAAUUAUUAUGUUUGAUGUAACCUCACAAGUGAUAUACAAGAGUGUGCCUAACUGGCAUAGAGACUUGGUGAGAGUGUGUGAAAACCUCCCCAUUGUGUUGUGUGGCCACAAAGUUGAUAUUAAAGACAGAAAAGUGAAGGCAAAAUCUAUUGUCUUCCACAGGAAGAAAAAUCUUCAGUACUAUGACAUUUCUGCCAAAAUUAAUUACAACUUCGAGAAGCCAUUUUUGUGGCUUGUUAGAAAGCUGAUUGGAGAUCCCAAUUUAGAGUUUGUUGCUAUGCCAGCUUUGGUACCACCAGAGGUUCAGGUGGACCCUGCAUUAGCAGCACGUUACAAGCAAGCCCUGAAGACUGCUCAAAGCACUGCUUUGCCAGAUGAAGAUGACAACCUGUGA